AUAGAUGAGCUGAGGACUGAGAUGGAUGAGAUGAGGGACAGUUUCUCCGAGGAGGACGCUUGUCAGCUUCAGGAAAUGCGCCACGAAUUGGAGAGAGCCAACAAGAACUGCCGGAUCCUACAGUACCGGCUACGUAAGGCUGAACGCAAGCGGCUCCGCUAUGCUCAGACCGGGGAGAUUGAUGGAGAGCUCCUGCGGAGCAUGGAGCAGGACCUCAAGGUUGCAAAGGAUGUUUCAGUAAGACUUCAUCAUGAAUUAGAAAAUGUGGAAGAAAAGCGUACUAUAACAGAAGAUGAAAAUGAAAAGUUAAGACAGCAGCUUAUAGAAGUUGAGAUUGCCAAGCAGGCUCUACAGAAUGAACUGGAAAAAAUGAAAGAGCAGUCAUUGAAAAGAAGAGGGAGCAAAGACUUGCAGAAAUCAGAAAAAAAGUCACAACAGACACCCACAGAGGAGGACAAUGAAGAUCUGAAAUGCCAGUUGCAGUUUGUCAAAGAAGAAGCUGCCUUGAUGAGGAAAAAAAUGGCUAAAAUUGAUAAGGAGAAAGACAGAUUUGAACAUGAACUGCAAAAAUAUAGAUCAUUUUAUGGGGAUCUAGACAGCCCCUUACCAAAAGGAGAAGCAGGUGGACCCCCAACCACCAGAGAAGCAGAACUCAAACUUCGAUUGAGACUAGUAGAGGAAGAAGCCAACAUCCUUGGAAGAAAAAUAGUGGAACUAGAAGUAGAAAACAGAGGACUGAAAGCAGAGCUUGAUGAUUUAAGGGGAGAUGAUUUCUCAGGGACAGCAAACCCGCUCAUGGGGGAGCAGAGUGAAUCCCUCUCAGAGUUACGGCAGCAUUUGCAGCUAGUUGAAGAUGAAACAGAAUUGCUGCGAAGAAACUUGGCUGACCUGGAGGAGCACAACAAACGCGUCACAGCUGAGCUAAACAAGUACAAGUAUAAGUCUGGUGCCCAUGAGAGUUCAAGGCAUCACGAUAAUGCCAAGACAGAAGCACUGCAGGAAGAGCUAAAAGCUGCCCGGAUGCAAAUCAAUGAGCUUAGUGGCAAAGUCAUGCAACUUCAGUAUGAGAACAGGGUAUUAAUGUCCAACAUGCAACGCUAUGAUUUGGCCUCUCACCUUGGGAUCCGAGGCAGCCCCAGAGACAGUGAUGCUGAAAGUGAUGCGGGAAAAAAAGAAAGCGAUGAUGAUUCCCGCCCUCCUCACCGAAAGAGGGAAGGGCCCAUUGGGGGAGAAAGUGACUCUGAGGAGGUACGCAACAUCCGGUGCCUGACUCCUACAAGGUCUUUUUAUCCAACCCCAACAGGGUGGCAGAAAAACUUCACUGAUCGGCAGCAGAUGAAGGACAUCCGCUCAGAAGCUGAGCGACUAGGAAAGACAAUAGAUCGUCUGAUUUCUGACACAAGUACCAUUAUAACAGAGGCAAGAAUUUAUGUGGCCAAUGGAGAUCUGUUCGGACUGGUGGAUGAAGAAGAUGAUGGCAGCAGAAUACGGGAGCAUGAGCUUCUUUAUCGGAUCAAUGCACAGAUGAAGGCAUUUAGGAAAGAACUCCAGACUUUCAUCGACAGACUAGAAGUUCCAAAGUCAUCAGAUGACCGAAGUUCAGACGAACCUUUGUCAGUGAGUCAGAUGUUCCAGCCUAUCAUUUUACUUAUUCUCAUCCUUGUAUUAUUUUCAUCUCUUUCUUACACAACAAUAUUUAAACUUGUCUUCCUCUUUACACUAUUUUUUGUACUGUAAACCUUUCAUCAUUUACUGUUCAUUGUAGUAUUAUUUUCAGUUUGUUUAUUUUGUUCACCCUCCAAGAUCAGAGAUAUAGUUUCUGUAAUAGCCACUGCUGUAAAAACACUGAAGACUACUUGUUUGCAGAAAAACCAAACCAAACCAAACCAAACCAAACCAAACCAAACCAAAAAAGCAAAACCAAACCAAAAAAAGCCACCCAACUGAAUAAGAAUUCUUCUCACCAAGAUAUUCCAGAUUGAGAUUUGCAGAACUGGAACUCUUUAUCCCAGCUAGCUAUGCAUUUCACCGCUUUCACUGCUACAUUCGAAAUGGACUGAAAAACUUCCAAAGGACUUCUUAAUUCACAAAAGGGAGAAAAGAGUUAAAAGAUAAGAAUCAAAGGCCUUUGAGGAACUUAAUCACCAUAGCCCCAGCAACAGCAGUAACAGCAAAAUUAUAUGGUGAUCCAGUCAUUCAAGAAAACU